UCUUCUCUUGGUUUUCAACAUUCUUCUUCUUCAGCGAGAGGAGAGUUCAAGAAUACCUGAAUUCUUAUUUCAAGAUUUCAGGGUUGUAAAGUUCAACCAGAUUCUGAUCAUCCUUCGUAUCCAUAAAAAAGGUUUGGUUUUUGCAAUCUUUGUUGCAAGGAUGAAUGAUUUAAUGUCAAAAUCGUUCUUAAGUUAUGUGGAAUUAAAGAAACAAGCCCAGAUGGAUGAUGGUCUUCAAUCCCCGAAAGACGUAGAGAAAGGGCAACUUAGUCCUAAGGAUGAAGACAAUUUAUCAGCCUUUUUUCAAGAAGUUGAGGCAAUCAAGAAAGCAAUGGAAGAGAUUAGUAAUUUGCUUCUUGAUCUUCAGAACCUCAACCAAGAGGCGAAAUCUACUCACAGUGCUAAGCUUCUUCGCGGGAUCAGGGAUCGUAUGGACUCUGAUAUUGUAUCCGUUCUUCAGGUAGCCAAAAUAGUAAAGCUCAGACUUGAAUCACUUGACAAAUCUAAUGCUGCAAAUCGCAAAAUCUCAGUAGCCUUUAAAGAAGGCAGUGCAGUUGAUAGAACUAGGGGUAUGGUCACGAAUGGGCUGCGGAUCAAGCUGAGAGAUAUAAUGCUUGAUUUUCAAGCACUGAGGGAGAAAAUUAUGUUGGAUUAUAAGGAAGAUCUGAAGAGGAAGUACUAUAAUACCACUGGAGAAGCGCCGUCUGAGGACGUUAUAGAAAAGAUGGUUUCAGGGAGUGGGAAUGUUCAGAUGUUUGCCGGGGAAACAGGCGUGUAUAUGGAGAACAAGGAGAGGCACGAAGCUGUACUGGAUAUUCAGAGGAGUUUGAAUAAGCUUCAUCAGGUGUUCCUCGAUAUGGCUGUUUUGGUUGAAGCUCAAGGCGAAAAGAUUGAUGAUAUUGAGCAUAAUGUGGCCAUUGCUGGAAGCUAUAUUGGGGGUGGAACCAACAGUCUGUUCUACGCUAAACAGAUGAAGAAGAAGCGUAACAAGUGGGUUUAUUGUCUGUGGAUCGUGGUGGUUCUCAUACUGCUGGUUUGCAUCAUUGCCAUGCUAUCUUCUUGAAAGCAAUUCAGAAUCAAGGAGUAGAAAAGAAAGAAAGAAGACUCACUUCUGCGAUUUUAGGGUUUUUAGUUUCCUUCUGGGGUUUGAUUGAACUUGCUUGUAUAAUCUGCUGGUUUGACAUUGUGUUACUAGGCUUGACAAUAUUAUUUCAAAGUUUUUAGAUUUUAGAAUUCUUCAGGGCUAUCACAGUGUAAUAAUUCAGUUCAUAUGAAUAAAAAGUUAAUGCAAUUCAACUUCAAUGGACAUACAU